UGAUUGAAAAAUGAUGAUGAUGAUGAUGAUGAUGAUGAUGAUGAUGAUGAUGAUGAUGAUGAUGAUGAUGAUGAUGAUGAUGAUGAUGAUGAUGAUGAUGAUGAUGAUGAUGAUGAUGAUGAUGAUGAUGAUGAUGAUGAUGGUGAUGGUGAUGGUGAUGAUGGUGAUGGUGAUGGUGAUGGUGAUGGUGAUGGUGGUGAUGGUGAUGGUGAUGGUGCCGAUGCCGAUGCCGAUGCCGAUGCCGAUGCCGAUGCCGAUGCCGAUGCCGAUGCCGAUGCCGAUGCCGAUCGAUGCCGAUGCCGAUGCCGAUGACGAUGACGAUGACGAUGACGAUGACGAUGACGAUGACGAUGACGAUGAUGAGGAUGGUGAUGUGUAUCAGCGAAGGCGGCGGCUUAGCCCUGGGGAUAGAGACAUAGCUGUGGACAAGUGUAGAGAGCUCCUAGAAGCCGGCCUGAUUCGUGAGUCAACUUCGGAGUACGCAGCGGCGACGGUGGUGGCGGCAAGGAAGGACCUAACGGGAGAGAUGCUGGCCAGGAGGAUGUGUGGAGAUUAUAGGGGGCUGAAUCAGAUCACCAAGAGCGACAGGUAUCCGAUGCCAAUGGCCGAGGAAAUAUUUGAUAGGCUGGCGGAGAGCAGGGUCUACUCCACGCUGGAUUUGAGGCAAGGCUUUAACCAGAUACCCAUCCGAGAAGAAGAUAAGGCGAAGACAGCCUUCCAUGGACCGGACCGCCUGUAUGAAUGGAACUUCAUGCCGUUCGGACUGAAAAAUGCCUCGCCAAAGUUCCAGAGAGUUAUGGACCAGGUACUGCAGAACAUCCCCUGCGCCUUAUGCUACAUCGACAAUGUAGUGAUCCACAGCAAGGACGGAGAACAGCAUGUGAAGGACGUCGCCAAGACGCUGGCGGCCUUGCAGGAGGCCGGACUGACCUGCCACCCGGGGAAGUGCUCGUUCGGGGUGACGACCGUGACGUACCUGGGGUUUCAGGUGGGAAAAGGGGGGCUGUCGGUCCAGCAGGUGAAGGUAGAAGUUGUGGAUCGGCUGAAGGCACCCACGGAUCGCAACACCCUUCGGGCGCAGCUGGGCUUUCUCAACUAUUAUCGAAAGUUUGUCCCGAACUUCAGUAAGACGGCCAGGCCACUUAAUCUGCUGCUGAGAGAAGAUACGGCAUGGAGUUGGGGGAGAGAGCAAGAGGAGGCGUGGCGGGCGUUGAAGAAGGCUGUGAAGACGGCCCCCAUGCUGAAGCUGCCAGACCCCGAGGAACCAUUCUUGCUAUAUACGGACUGGAGCAGCAGCGGCAUGGGGGCAGUGCUGUGUCAGAAGGAAAGGGGGAUAGAGAGGGUGGUGGCUUACGCCAGCCGGUCAUGCAGCCCAGCGGAGAGUAACUACAGUUCAUAUGAGGGAGAGGGGCUAGCGGCAGUAUGGGCAGUGGAGUUGUUUCGACCAUACCUGCAGGGGCGAAGAUUCACCCUAGUAACCGACCAUCAGCCGUUGCUCUGGCUGAUGAGGAAUCAAACUCUGAAGGGUAGGAAUGCGCGUUGGGCAAUGCGUCUGCAGGAGUUCGACUUCGAAGUAAAGCAUAGACCAGGCAAGACCCUGCAGCACGUGGAUGGUCUGUCGCGGCAAGAAAAGGGGGAAGCGGAGAAAGGACAGGCGAAGCAGGAGAAGGCACCCCUCUCAUCCUCAACGACGCCCAAACCAAGCACGCCUGGAUCCACUACGACCCCACCAGCGGCGGCACUCUCCGAGUCUUCCUCUCCUCCGACCCCGUGCAGCCCCUCACCCCCACCCUCACAGCAAGC